UAAUAUUGAUUUGAUUAAAUUUUUUCCAGUGUAUUCACUUUGUGGGUUGUUAAUUGAUACAUUUAAAAUGUCUAUUGCAUUAAUUCUUCACUUCACAGGUACCAACAAUUUUGAGUGCAGUUCAUUCUGUACUCCUGUGACCAGGGGCGGACUGACCAUUUGGAAACUCGGGCAGUGUCCGAAGCCCGGGGUCAGUAGGGGGCCCCAUAAGAUGCCCCUGGUACCUUUUUCAUAGGCUUUUUUGAGUUUGGGCAAGGACACAGGGGCCCCAUGAUCCCCUAUUGCCCGGGGGCCCCAUGAGUUGUCAGUCGGCCCCUGCCUGUGACCCAUUUUUCAGCUGACA